AUGAGGGAGGAACUGGCCUCCAAGAUAGCGGCCUCUGUUCCGCGUACAGACCAUGAAGCCCUCCAGUCCAAGUGCUCAAAACUUGAGGCUGAUUCCAACCGCCUGCUCACUCAACUGGAAUCCACUGUUCCCAGGGCUGAGCACGAGACGCUGCAGGAUGAUCACCGUCAUCUGGAGUCCGAAUACGCGGACCUGUCACAGGAGCUGCAGCAUUUGAAAGAGGAAUUGGCACAAAAGGUGGCAUCUUCCGUUCCACUUACCGAACAUGAGGACCUCCAGUCCAAAUGCGCCAAACUUGAGGCUGAUUGCAAUCAUCUCGCCAGUCAGGUGGAAUCCGCUGUCCCCAGGCCUGAGUAUGAGGCCUUGCAGGAUGAUUACCGCCGUCUUGAGUCCGAGUACACGAACCUGUCCCAGGAGCUGGAGAAUGCCUACAGAAAGGAGUUUGAUGAGAUUGUUGAACGGUACGCUGCCCUGCUGGACAUUGCCAACUCAAAACAGGCUUCCGGUAAGUUGUGUUGCAGCUUUUAUUUGUGA